AUGCUAAAGAAACCUUAUUUAAUUACUAUGGAUCUUGAAGCAGAAGAAAUCGAAGUAGAGAAAAAAGAUAAUGAAGAAAAUACUAUAAAAUUAGCAGAGCAAAAAGCAAUUUCAUAUGGAUAUACAAUACAUUACUUAAUGGAAAACCUUCAAGAAGAUCUAGAUGUUAUUUUAGAUAAGCUCUGUGAUCCACUUUCAUGCGAAAAAAUGACACCAAAAUUAUGGAGGCAGUAUCAAAUGGCAAGUGCUUCACAUAGAAAAUGCCAUGGAAAAAAGCCAAUGAUUCAAGACGAGGAAAAAAAUAGAGUAAUAGAUCAUGACCAUAUUAUUGGAAAAUUUCGGGGGCCAGCUCAUAGUGGAUGUAAUUUAAAAUUACGAAUUGAUCAAGAAAUAAUAAAAAUUCUGGUAUUAUUCUGUAAUGGAAGUGGCUACGAUUUUCAUCAUCUAAUGCAAGAAAUAGCAAAAGUGACGGAUGAAAAAAUAGUGCCUAUAGCAAAUAAUUCUGAGCAAUAUAUUACCUUUUCAGUUGGCCAGCUUCAAUUUAUUGAUAGUUUAAAAUUUUCAUUACCUGGUUUAGCUAAGAUGACAGAAAACUUACGUGAUGAAAAGAAGGAUCAAACUAAAACACCAGAACAACUAGCAAAAUGUUUUUCAAUUAUGUCGAAAUUCAUCUCACCUUAUUUACUAUCAUUGCUUAUACAUAAAGGAAUAUUUCCGUAUCAAUGGUUAAAUAGCAAAAUGAAAUUUAAUGAGACACAACUACCUUCACGUAAGGAGUUUAAUAGCGAUUUAGAUGGUUAUAAUUAUUGCGAGCUUGGGUGUGAAAACAAAGAAUGUGAACAUGAGAAAAUUUAUACUAUAUCUCAAAAGGAUUAUGACUUUGCCUGGACGGUUUGGCGAAAAACAGGAUGUAAAACGUUUGGCGAUUAUCAUAAUAUCUAUCUAAAGACUGAUGUACUAAUUUUAGCAGAUGCAUUUGAGGCAUUUAGAAAAGCAUCUUAUUCAGCAUUCAAGUUAAAUCCAGCAAAUUAUUUAACUGCACCAGGUCUGGCAUGGGAUGCAUGUAUGAAGGUAACAAAGAUAAAAUUAGAACUUUUUAAUGAGCAUCAAGGGGAUAUGCAUGAUUUCUUUAUAGCAAUGAAGAGAGGAGGAAUGUCUUUAGCAAGACGACGCAUAGCCAGAGCAAAUAUUCCUGGAUUAGAGGGAUAUGACGGAAAAAAAGCAAAAAAAUGGCUUUUGUAUCUAGAUGCUAAUAAUCUAUAUGGUUGGGCAAUGUCUCAAUAUCUUCCAACCGGUGGAUUUAAAUGGUUAACAUCAAUACCUGUCGAGCCAUCUUCACCUUUAGUGCAGAAAAUUUUAACGAUAAAAGAAAAAUCAAAUCGGGGAUGUUGCUUAGAGGUUAAGUUAACAAUUCCUAAAGAGUUGCACCCAAAAUUUCGUGAUUAUCCAAUGUGUCCAGAACGAAAGAAUGUACCAUAUGAUUGGUAUAGUUCAAAACAAAAAGAAUGGGCAGGUAAACAACGUUCAGAUACAGAAAAACUUAUUCUAACUCUCCAUGAUAAAGACCAUUAUGUUAUUCAUUACAGGAAUUUACAACAAUGUAUAAGAGAAGGAUAUGUUCUCGAAAAAGUAUAUCGGGUUCUAGGAUUUGAUCAAUCACCAUGGAUGGAACCAUACAUUGCAAUGAAUACACAGCGACGAGCCAAAGCAAAGAAUGCAUUCGAAAAAGAUUUCUGGAAAUUAAUGAACAAUUCAGUAUUUGGGAAAACUAUGGAGGAUGUGAGAAAACAUCCAGCAUUUGUUAGUCGGAAAAUUUUCUAUGGUGCAAAUUUAGUAGCUGUACAUCGAAGGCAAACUAAUGUAAAACUUAAUAAACCUGAAUAUGUAGGAGCAUGCAUUCUCGAUCUCUCUAAAUAUUAUAUGUAUGAUUUCUGGUACGGAUAUCUCAAAAAGAAAUAUGGAGAUCGGGACAUGAUCGAUGAUUGUGAUUUAUUCGAUUUUAGCGAUUACCCUGAAGACCAUUGGGUAGUAAAGAAUCUUCCAGAAGAUCAAUGGAUAAUUAAUGAAGAAGGUAAGCGUGUAUUAAAAAACACUAAAGUUAUAGGCAAGUGGAAGGAUGAAAAUGGAGGAGAUAGAGCUAUUGGCUAUGCAGGAGUUCGUGCAAAAUGCUAUAGUGUUGUGUGUGAAAAUUCACGAAAAAAUAUGAUCAAGGCUAAAGGUCUUAAAAAGUCUCUCAUCAAGAAAGAUCUUACACAUAAAAUAUUCGAGGACUGUGUUUUAGAAGGAAAAGAGGAUCAACCACGAACCGCUCAAUUCCUCCGAAGUUACAGACAUCGAAUGUAUAGAAUAAAGCAAACAAAGAGAAGUGUUAAUCCAUUUGAAAAUUGUGGAUAG